UCGUUGCUCUUGUGCGGCGUUCAUUGUUGCCAUCCUCUUACAUUGCGAGCUUCAUUUAACAUUUUAAACGGCAAGGUCAAUCAAACAAUUCAGUCGCAUUUGUGGUGUGAACGAGACCAGAGCACGGAAAAUUUCGAUGAAAUUUUGGUUUUUCCUUCUACUGUGGUAAAAACCAAUUAAGUCAUUGCAAAAUGGAUCCAAACGAAGUGAUUGAUUUUAAGGGUGAAACAUUUAUGGAGAUCCUAUUGAUUGACUACCGAUGGGUCAUUGUGUGCUUCUUGUUGUUGCCUCUGUCAUUUUUGUACAAUUUGUGGUUUUACACACGCAACAAAAUCAUCUUCCACUUGAACAGUGCACCACGCGCUCACGAUGACAAAGUCCGUAAAAUUCAGAAACAGGUGCAAGAAUGGAAUAAAAGCGAUAAAUCGAAAAAAAUGUGCACCGCUCGGCCGGGCUACCAAACGAUGAGCUUCCGUAAACCACUUUACAAGUCUACCAUGCACCAAGUCGAAUGCAAUUUGAUUGACAUUUUGGAAGUCGAUCGGGAAAAGCGAACGGUUCGUGUUGAACCGUUGGCAACAAUGGAUCAAGUGUCGGAAACGUUGGCAAAACUUGGCUGGACCAUUGCCAUUGUACCAGAACUUGAUGAUUUAACCGUAGGUGGUCUGGUUAUGGGCACCGGUGUUGAAUCUAGCUCACACAUUUAUGGAUUGUUUCAACAUAUUUGCCUUUCGUACGAACUCGUUUUGGCCGAUGGCAGCGUGGUGAAAUGCUCGAAAGAUGAAAAUCCCGAUUUAUUCUAUGCCGUGCCAUGGAGCUACGGUACUUUGGGCUUCUUGACCGCUGUUGAAAUAAAAAUUCUACCAGCCACAAAAUACAUCCGCAUGGAAUAUGAACCAGUAUUUGGAUUGGAAAACAUUGCAAAGCGUUUCAAUGAUGUUAGUCAUGAUGCUAACAAUCAUUUUGUUGAAGGAUUGCAAUAUUCUUUGGAUGAAGCUGUUAUUAUGACCGCGGUCAUGGUGCCCGAUCACGAAGUCGAUCACAGAAAGAUCAACGAUGUCGGUAAAUGGUAUAAGCCAUGGUUCUUCAAGCAUGUUGAAAACAUCCUAAAAACGGUGCCAAAGGGUCAAACUAUUACCGAAUAUCUUCCAUUGAGAGACUACUACCAUCGUCAUUCGCGUGCUUUGUUCUGGGAGCUCCAAGAUAUUGUUCCAUUCGGCAACCAUCCAAUUUUCCGUUAUUUGUUCGGUUGGUUGAUGCCCGUAAAGGUGUCGUUCCUGAAAUUGACGCAACCUGAAACGGUGAAAAAACUAUACGAAGAAACGCAAGUCAUUCAAGAUUUGUUGGUGCCAACGUCCAAAAUGGCCGAUUGCAUUCGUGAAUUCAAUAAAUUGGUGAAUGUGUAUCCAUUGUGGUUGUGCCCGUUCCGUUUGUGGAAUAAUCCAGGUAUGGUUCAUCCGGCCGCCGGUUUCGAGGUUGAUAUGUACGUCGAUAUUGGUGUUUAUGGCACUGUGAAAUUGAAACGUGGCCAAUUCCAUGCCGAACGCACAACACGUCAGCUCGAGGAUAUUGUCGUCAAAUCGAAUGGAUUCCAAAUGUUGUACGCCGAUUGCUUCCGUACCAAAGACGAAUUCCGUCAAAUGUUCGAUCAUCGCUUGUACGAUCGCAUGCGUAGAGAAUUGAAAUGCGAAGAAGCAUUUCCAGAAGUGUACGACAAAAUUAAUAAGAAAGUUCGCGAUUAAAUUGCCAAUGUGCAUCAAGUGGGGUUUUUUGUUCGUAAAAACGAAAACGAAAUUAGCAAUCGAAAUAAUGGUUAUCAAUGGCAAUCAAUCGCUUGAUCGUGAACUUCGUUUUUAUUUUUUAUUUAUCGUUAAAGAGCAAAUGCCAUACAUUUAUCAAUACACCCAGCUCAAGAGCUUGUAAAAAAAUCAAUAAAAUAAAAGUAAUUUCUUACAAAA